CACUUCCUGGAUGUGGCCUCUGUGAACCACGCACGUGUUGUUUAAUUUCAGUCUGGCGAUAAUUAAUAAUUAGGAAUUAACGCCACCACAUCACACCUGUACGGGCAUCAAUAUACUCCUGCCUAUUUAUUGAUAGCGGAUUCCAUCGAUCUGUCAGAAUGGUAUUGCCGUUGAUUGUACCUACCAAGACCCAGAAAGGGAAACGAGCCUUGGAACGAAGGGAACCGAAACUCUUUGAAAAUACCAAAGUGGCCAUGAUUAUCAAAGGAGGGAACACAAGUGAGACUGUCACGAAAGCUUUGAGAGAUAUCUAUAUCUUGAAGAAACCCAAUUCAGUCAUGUACAAAAGGAAAAAUAUUAUUCGGCCAUUUGAGAGUGAAAAUUCUUUGGAUUUUUUUUCUGGCAGAUCUGAUGCUUCCUUGUUUUUGUUUGGCUCACAUUCCAAGAAAAAACCUGCAAAUUUAGUCUUUGGUCGAUUUUUUGAUCAUCAUGUGAUGGACAUGAUAGAAUUAGGAGUGGAAGAGUUCAAAUCAAUGAUGGAUGAGAAGAGUUCCAAAGUCUCUUUGGGAACCAAGCCAUGUCUUUUAUUUGCUGGAGAUCCAUUUGAACAAGAUGCUGAUUAUGUACGAUUAAAGAAUUUAUUUGUUGACUUCUUUCGUGGUGCUGUUGUCGAUAAUGUACGUCUGGCUGGGUUGGAACAUGUGAUCAUGUUCGUUGCAGCAGAUGGCAAGAUUUACAUGCGGAAUUAUAAAAUAUCAUUGAAGAAGUCUGGUUCCCGCACUCCUUAUAUUGACCUCUCUGACAUGGGACCAUCAUUUGAGUUUGUUCUCCGGCGGACAAAACUGGCAACAGAUGCCUUAUAUAAACGUGCUUGCAAGCGUCCAAGGGCUGCAAAGAUCCAGAAGAGGAAAAAUAUAGCACAUGAUGCCUUCCGCAAUAAGACUGGCCGAAUUCAUAUGGAAAGACAAGACUACAGCAAAUUACAAACACGCAAAGUCAAAGCGUACAAAGCCAGGAAAAUUAUUGAGAAGAAGAAAAAGACAGUUUCAACUGAAAAUUAAAAGUUCAAGAGAAAAUCUUAAUAAAUUUUGUAAAUAUUU